AUGAUUGGCCUUUAUCAACCACCUAGGCCAUUAGUGGAAGCAUACCAGCAAUUGCUGGAGGAAGAACUAAACGACAUUUGUACUUAGGCGUCACUUCAAAGAGACGCAGUGACUGUUAUUGGUGACCUUAGCCUAGGUAGGCCAAGGCCUCAGAGGAAAGAGGGCAAAUUACUCCUGGACCUCGAAACGGUGCAGGGUUUUGAAUGCCUUAUAAAGCAGCCAACUAGAUUGGAUAUAAAUGGAACAACAACAACAGCCACGCUUAUUGAUAUACUGCUGACCAACCAACCAGACCUGUUCAUUAAAGGAGGAGUUUUUUACACUGCUCUAAGCGAUCAUAUGCUCAUCUAUGGUACAAUAAAAGAAAAAUCGAGGAAACACUCACGUAAAAUCAUCCAUUUUAGGAGCUAA